AUGGUACUCAUGGGCAAAUGUUCAUUCAACUCGUGUAUUUCUAUAGAUGAAGUCAUAAGACAGGUGACUUUAAACUGUACAGAACGAGGUUACAUGUUGAUCCGGAUUCGCGAUGAACUCCAGAUGACUAUCGAUGGCUAUAAAGAAGUGUAUGAGAGUGCACUAGCUCAUAGGAUUCGAAAGUCAUUACAGCGGGAACACAGAAGGUCCGAAUUAUCAGAGAGUGUGAAAUAUUUAAGGUCUGAUAACAAACAAUUAGAGAACGAGUUGAUGGAAAUCACCAUGAUGACAGAGAAGAUUGAUCAAACCGCAACUGAAGAGCGCAAUGCUUUGGUUAAACGUCUAACAUUAGAGUUGGAAGAUUUGAAAAAAGCCAACCAAUUGGUCAAAGAUCAAUUAGAAUCUAUCGUAGCCCUAAAGAGAAUUUAA